AACGAUUUGAUCGCCGACGGUCAAUGAGUCUAUACCUAUUGUGCUCGAAUAGAAAACUAACGGUCUCGUUUUUCAAAAAUAUUUAAUCAUGCCUUUAAUAGACGACGAAUCUGGAAUCGUACUCAAGGAAUCCAUAAAAAUUAAAGAAAAAUCAAUUGUGCCAAUAACAGCAGACGAAGAAUAUGCAAAAAAUCCAGAAAUAUCCAAAGAAAAUAUAGAAGAAUUAAGAAAAUGGAUUGCAACACAACCACAUUUACCACAAAAUAUUCCAGAGGAAAUGCUGAUACUUUUUUACCACAGUUGCUUUUUUGAUAUGGAACAAACCAGAAAUUGCAUAGAAAUUUACUAUACACUUAAAACAGAAACUCCAGAAUUUUUCGCAAAUCGUGAUAUUUCCAGGCCAGAACUUGUCAAUGCCUUGAACAUUUUAGAUUACGGUUGUUUGCCGAUUCGCAGCCCAAAUGACUACCAAAUCAUCUACCACAAAUUACGAAUUUUCGAGGCCAAUAAAUAUGUGUUUAACGAUGGUGUAAAGUUGUUGAUUAUGGCAAUGGAUGCGUGUUUCAAGGUGGACGGUACUUGUCCCGGGUAUAUAUUCUUAUUUGACAUGCGCGGUGUCCGAUUGGGUCAUCUCACCAGACUGAGCAUAUCUUCACUCAGAAAAUUCUUCACUUUUAUACAAGAAGGUUUACCUGUUCGUCUAAAGGGUAUACAUGUCCUAAACACGCAGUCAAUUGUUGACAAAAUUAUGAUGCUGUUAAAACCUUUCAUGAAAAAGGAGCUGUUGAGUAUGGUGCACUUCUACACGGAAAGGGACGUAGAGAAAAUUUACGGAGCGGUGCCGAAACAGUGUCUGCCCGAAGACUACGGCGGUCUGGCGCAAUCCAGCGAGAAAACGCACGCUCAAUUUGUUGAAUGGAUGAAAUUAAUGAAGCCUUUAUUAGAAAAUGACUGUCAAUACAAAGUCGAUGAAUCAAAGAGGCCAAAAAAGAGUAAGAAGUCCGUAUCAACUGCAUUUAAAUCGUUGGAAAUUGACUGAUGUUACAAACACUAUUACAAAUUACAAUGCUUUAAUGUUGCUCACAUAUAUACAUAUAUUUAUAUCAAUUAUCGAAAGAUGAAAAGAACCGCAAUUUAUAACGACAUAUUCACGGAUCGGGUAAAAAUAAGGUUAUUUAUAAAUAUUUAUUUAACUUAUUUUGUUAAAAAAAAAUACUUAACUGAUAUUGUGGUAAAUGUAAUUUUUUUUUUUAUUAUUAUAAUCAUAGGAAAUUACGUUAACUAUAUUAUGUUCGCGACACUGUACACAAACUGCACAAUUAUAUAUAGAUAUAAGUAUUUAGUUAU